CGAAGCGGUAUCGCGGAAUAAUUUUUUUUUCUUUUUGUUGAAAAAGAGUCUCUGUCAAAGAGCAAACACCCACACCACCGUGUUCAAUUGAGCGCCAGCAAAAAGACAUCAACAGAAUGGCGUCAAGAGGAGCUCCCCGUGGACGCGGAGGAGGCGGCUUUGGCCGAGGAGGAGGCAGAGGUGGCUUCCAACAGCGCGACUUUGGCCCGCCGGCCAGCGUGGUCGAGAUGGGCAAGUUUGUGCACGCUUGCGAGGGCGAGAUGUUUUGCGAGUCCAUCAACCCCAAGAUCCCGCACUUUUCCGCCCCGAUAUACCUCGAGAACAAGACGGCCGUCGGCAAGGUCGACGAGAUCCUCGGCCCCCUGAACCAGGUCUUCUUCACCAUCAAGCCUUCCGAGGGCAUCCAGGCCGGCGCCUUCAAGGCCGGCGACCGCUUCUACAUCGCACAGGAGAAGCUCCUGCCGCUCGAGAGGUUCCUGCCCAAGCCCAAGCCCCCGCCCGGAUCCGUCCCCAAGGUCAAGAAGCCCGCCGGCGGACGCGGCGGCCGCGGCGGCCCUGGUGGUCGCGGCAGGGGAGGCCCUAGGGGUGGUGGUUUUGGUGGUCGCGGUGGUGGUGGUGGUGGUUUCAGCCGUGGAGGUGGUGGCGGUGGUUUCUCUAGGGGUGGCGGCCGUGGCGGUGGUGGCUUUAGCCGCGGUGCCGGCUCGGGUGGCUUCUCGAGGGGUGGUGGUCGUGGCAGGGGCGGCGGUGGCUUCAGCAGGGGAGGCAGGUGAGAGUGAUCGGGGGCAUGGGCGAGGUUCACUGCCGUCGUCGAUUGGUAUUUGGUACGAACACAAUUGGGGGACGUUUCAGUUCAUGUUGAAAGACAAGACUCCUUCACCGUGUCCCGAGGGUGGACGGGGCUUACGUUCCUCGGACUUGUUUGAUGAGCUUUGUAAUGGUGUACCUCAACAUUUGCAGAGUUUGAUUUUCAUAGGCGUUUACGGUACUUGGAUGGGUUAUUGUCAUCAAAAAAACGAAUUCAACGGUGCUUUUCUGUGGUGAAUACUUAAAAGGGGGAAACAAUAUCACAACAUCAGUGACCAAAUGCAUCC